GAGUAUGAAAUCAGUGGUAGCAGUUGUUUCUAAUUUGGGAGGAGGAGAAACAUUCUUGCGAGUUACGAUUGAGAUUGAGGGGUUUUGAUUUGCUUCGUUCGAAUCUGCGUCUCGGCAUCCAUGAUUUAUCAACCACAUUCUCUGUCCAUCCACUGCCUAGCUUCACUUUUCUUUUGUCUUACUCUAACCUAACCUCUCUCUCUCUCUCUCUCUCUCGUGUGGUUCUGAAUCUACAAGAUUCUCCGUUGCUCUUCUCCUUAUCGCUAUUAUAAAAACGCCUAUGCUCAAGUUGUAAGCAUCCAAACCGAGUUUUUUCUGCAUUGAAAAAGGAAUAAAAAUUGCAGAAAUGGAGCUCUUUCUUGCUAAGCUAAUAGCAUUUGAUUUUACAGCUUUAUAUUGAGGAAGGGGAUUUUAGUUGCAGGAGGCUGUCUCUCUCUCUCUGUCUCCAUUCCAUCCUCUUCUUUUGCUUCUUCGUUAAUUUGAGAAGAUCAGAUCUAAUGGGGGAUGUGGCUAAGGACCUAGCUGCUGGAACUGUUGGAGGGGCAGCACAACUGAUAUGCGGCCAUCCCUUUGAUACCAUCAAGGUCAAGCUGCAAAGCCAGCCUACUCCACCCCCUGGUCAACUCCCUAAGUAUUCUGGUGCCAUGGACGCUGUUAAGCAAACAAUUGCAGCAGAAGGCCCAAGGGGCUUGUACAAAGGUAUGGGGGCUCCACUUGCCACUGUCGCAGCUUUUAAUGCUGUUCUCUUCACUGUAAGAGGACAAAUGGAGGUGCUGUUGAGGUCUGAACCUGGUGCUCCACUAUCAGUUAACCAGCAAGUUGUAUGUGGGGCUGGGGCUGGAGUUGCUGUUUCUUUUCUUGCAUGUCCCACGGAAUUGAUUAAAUGCAGGUUGCAAGCACAGAGUGCUUUGGCAGAUUCUGGAUCUGCUGCCGUGGGAGUGAAGUAUGGAGGGCCAAUGGAUGUGGCAAGGCAUGUUCUCCGAUCAGAAGGGGGCAUCAGGGGUCUGUUUAAAGGUUUGGUUCCCACCUUAGCACGUGAAGUUCCUGGAAAUGCUGCAAUGUUUGGAGUCUAUGAGGCUUUCAAGCAGUUCCUUGCUGGGGGUCAGGACACCUCAGGGCUGGGUAGGGGCUCUUUAAUUGUUGCUGGAGGCUUAGCUGGAGCCUCCUUCUGGGCCUCGGUCUACCCAACAGAUGUUAUUAAAAGUGUCAUUCAGGUAGAUGACUACAAAAAUCCCAAGUUUUCUGGCUCCAUUGAUGCCUUCAAGAAGAUACUAGCAUCUGAGGGAGUUAAGGGCCUCUACAGAGGAUUUGGACCUGCCAUGGCCCGAAGUGUUCCAGCCAAUGCAGCCUGCUUCUUGGCAUAUGAGGUGACAAGAUCUAGCUUAGGAUAAUGACCGGGUGUGAUUAUGUUGUCUGAUUCUUUCUCACCAACGAAGGAUAUGGUGAACAAUUGCAUUCUUAUCACAUUUUCUGAAAACCAGUUCUAAUCAUUAAUUGAAACCUUAUUUUAUCCUGAAUUUUUUUGUCAUA